AUGCGAUUAGUGCUGGUAGAAGUAAUGGACAAAGAUGGAAAUGGUUUUUUAACUUCUCUCAGCUUUUGUACGGAAGUUUUCAGUUAUUCACACUAUGAAAUCUCCCGGGGAUUACGUUAGCUUUGGUCGUGAUGUGAAAUCCUGCAAGAUUAAACUCCCGGUUGAUGCGCGAGGAGUUUCUCGAAUACAUACAACACUGAAAUGGAACGAUCAUGUAGUUUUCGUCCACUCCUUUUUUUGAACUUUUGGCCACCUUUAGGGCGUUACUCUCACGGACACUAGCUCUUUCGGAACUGUUGUCGGCGGAACAAAUGUAAAAGGGAGUAGUGUUGAGCUUGAAGGGAGCACUAAAAUCGGUGUCGGUUUAUACGAGUAUCAGGUCGUCUGUACGAGUGAAGAAGCUCCUUCUGAGGUUCAGAAACUUAGCAACGCGUUCAAAUCAAUGAGUUUAGACACAAAACCCGAAGAAAAGGCCCUUGGCCUUCCCGAUAUUAAGAAAAGAAGAAGUUAAAAAGUCGAGACUAUCUGCCUCUCCUCAUCCCAUUGAGGCGCCUUCUCAAGCAACUACAUCGAAAGGAGUGAAAGCAAAGUUUAGAAAUUGCCAAGUUCCUCUGAUUCCCUAAAAUUUCAGUGUUCUUAAUCUGAAAGCAACCAAUGCUUUACAACUUCUGAGAAGAGGUAUUUCGUGAGGUCCAAUUUUGACCGGUUGAAGUUUUUUGAGAACCUCCGGCGAAGAAAACUUCGGCAAAAAGAGAAUCGCAUCAACCCGACAUUAUCGUAGAGGAUGCUUCAUUGCCUCGGAAACAAGCUCGGAGAGGUCCCACUCAGAGAACAGCUGUGCCUUCUCCUAUCCAGGAAUCUAUCCAGUUGGAUGAAGCCUUCGAGCCGCCGUUCACCAGGUUUCUUUCUCGAAAUAUUCUUGAUAAAUUGAAGAUUUUUCAUGCGUUUCCAUCAAGAUUAUAUUGGAUGAACACAAAUUUCUUCGAAUUUCUUCCAAAAUAUAGUUUUGCAGCACUCAGCUGCCCUCUACAUCAGAGCAACAAAAAAAGAACGACAGCAUUUUUGAAGUUCCGAAAGUCGUGAAAUCUCGGCCAGCUGUAAGAAUUAGAUGAGUAAUAUUUACAAUAUAAAGUUUUUAUUUAGAUCAGCGCAAAUACAGAGGAAGGGUGGGAAGAGCGGCCAACAGGUUUAAAAAAAAUAGAAUCUUGAGAGUUUCACGAUUUUUUUUCAGCUAAGAAAUCGGCACCGUCAGCUUCUUUGUCACUUCCUCGCGUCACGGUAUAUUCUAAUCUUGAACAAACAUCUUUCAAUUUUUAUAAAGAAUUAUCAAGUUUCUGAUUAUUCUCUGAAAAGCUGGUUUCUGAGGGAUUUUAUGGGCAUCACCAGAUUGGGAAGAAAAUGUUCACUACUAGAUAUUUUCUAGUAUGUCUAUAAUGCCGUGUUCAAAGUGAUUCCGCGAAAUUCAAAAUAGCCGUCAGAGAAAGAGAAAGAUAACUAAAUUUUGGAGGGUCAGAGACCAUUUUGCAUUUCGCGGAAAUUACUUUGAACACGGCAUAAAUUUUUAUAUGUUACAAGUUUAUUUUGAAACACAGUGGUUUUUUUAAACUCAGAAUGAAAAGGAAUGAAAAUGAGUAGAAAAGAAGCGAUCGAUUCUGAAUUGGAAAGCUCGAGUCAGCAUUUCCUAAUGGUAUAUUUUAAUGGUAUAAGCUCUAUUUUAACGCGAAUUUCACUUAUUUUGCCAUAUCAAUUUUCCAAAGUUUUCAUUCUACUUGUAGGUGGGUGCGUUGAGCGCUGUGGCGAGCGGGAGGAAAGACGAAGAAUCGGACGAAGAUGAGAAACCCGACGUCAAGGAGUUGCGAUUGAGGUUCAUGCGGAAAGUCGCUUCGAUCGCUCCGAAUGAGGUGAGGUCGAGAUGAGAAAAAUUGUAACUUCAAAAAAAAAGUUCAGCUUUUCAGUAACAAUCAAAAAAAAGUAUAAGUUUUUUUUUUGCAAAUUCUUCUCGGUGGCUCAUAUAUAAGCUUGAAAUUAUCUCUUUAUGAGGUUUUUCCUUUUUUUUGUGGAAAAUUCUGCGAUAGAUAUGGUUUUUGACCUUGCGAAACUUCGAUUGUUCGAAAUCUGGGGUUUAAUUCUUCCAAAUAGCUCUCAAGAAAUUUGAAAAAGCUAGUUUUUUUUUAGUGGUCCAUGACUUCUAAGUUCUCCCCAUAGAAAUGUUUCUGCGGCUAAAAAAAAAUCUAAAAAUUUGCUGUUUUGCUCAAAUUUCAGAAAAAAAAAGCGUUACCUUGAGAAAAUUAAUUGCGAUUGUGUACCGUCUAGACGGAAUUCAUUUUGACGGUUUUGAGAGGUCCCUGGUUCGAUUCAAAGACAUAGAACCGCCCAAACCAGAGCCGCCACCUCAACACGACGUGACCUCCGAAAAAAGCGGAGCGCCUAAUUUCAAGCGAUUCCACAAGGUUUCCCCUUUCAAUGGCUUUUCAACGGAAAGUAUCUAGGCGAGCCAAGGCGUCUUCAAUAAAUCCCUGCCUCAAUUCUCCCGCCAUCUUCGCCAUCACACCAACAUUGAUCUUGUCGAUUUCCGGAAGCUCGACUUGUCUACGUAA